UGACGGCGUUGUGCGCUGGUAGCUUGACGCGUCAUUGUGGUAGGAGGGGGGAGAAUCAAGAACCGAGCUCACUUCUCCUCUUACAGCCAGCGCCGGAGCGAGCAGCCGCCGGUUCCGAUGAACCAACUCAGCACUAACUCGGAGAGCAUCUCGUAACUGGGUCUGACCGUCCCGUCACAUGCGCUGACACGUCUCCAGACAUUACACACAUCCCGUCGGGCGGCGGAGGGGAACGUUCACUCUGCUGUACUGCUUUGACACAUUGUGAAUACGCACAGAAAGAGACGCACAGAGGGCGAAGAUGUUGUUGAAGGAGUACAGGAUAUGCAUGCCGCUCACAGUGGAGGAGUACCGGAUUGGGCAGCUGUACAUGAUCAGCAAACACAGCCAUGAGCAGAGUGACCGAGGAGAAGGGGUGGAGGUCGUCCAGAACGAACCGUAUGAAGACCCGGCGCAUGGCCAAGGACAGUUCACAGAGAAACGAGUCUACCUCAACAGUAAGUUGCCCAGCUGGGCUCGAGCAGUGGUUCCCAAAAUCUUCUACGUGACGGAGAAAGCCUGGAACUACUACCCUUACACCAUUACAGAAUAUACUUGCUCAUUCCUGCCCAAGUUUUCCAUCCACAUAGAGACAAAAUACGAGGACAACAAAGGAUGCAAUGACAACAUCUUCGACACCGAGCUGAAGGAUCAGGAGAGGGAGGUGUGCUAUAUCGACAUUGCCUACGACGAGAUCCCUGAGCGCUACUACAAAGAGUCUGAGGAUUUGCGAUAUUUCAAGUCAGAGAAGACAUCGCGGGGGAUCCUUCAGGAGGGCUGGAGGGACACGCAGGAUCCCAUCAUGUGCUCAUACAAACUGGUCACGGUCAAGUUUGAGGUGUGGGGCCUGCAGACACGGGUGGAGCAGUUUGUACACAAGGUGGUUCGGGAUGUGUUGCUGCUGGGUCACAGACAAGCAUUUGCCUGGGUGGAUGAAUGGAUAGACAUGACAAUGGAUGAGGUGAGAGAGUUUGAGCGUGCCAUUCAGGAGGCCACCAACCAGAAGAUUGGGAUGUUUCCCCCGUCGAUCUCCAUCAGCGAGACGCCCCUGUCCUCUUGUGCUCUCACUGGCCCCGCCAGCGCCCCCUCCACGCCAAUGUGCACUGACGCCCCAGAGUCCCUUUCUGUCCCCAAGGACCGACCCCGGAAAAAAUCUGCUCCUGAAACCCUGACCCUUCCCGACCCUGCUCCAAGCGGCGUCCCUCAAGGGUCUACCUUGAGCCCAUCACCCAUUUCAAAUCACCUUCAGUCAUCCACGCCACCUUCCAACUCCGACCUUGCUGAGAUGGACGAGGAGUAGAGGAACCUUUGAAUGUCUUCCCCCACCCACUCUUUUACUUAUUUUCCCAGCCAAAUGUCUUAUGAGCCCAAUGAGACAAGCCUAACCUCCAAACACCAGUGCCCAGACAUUCACAUUUUUGCCAUAUCCAAUGAUUUGUCAUGUCUCUGGACAGUCAUCAUCAGUCAUUAAUACCAUCCAGGCUGCUAUAGGCACAUUUGGACAUCUCUUUAUAUGAGUCUAGCACGCCAUGAGUCACAUCUGUUGUAGCUACAGCCCAUGAUGUUCAAGCAUAACAAAGAUCAUUAGUAAUUAUUUUUGUUGAGUGGCAGUUCUAUAUUACGUCAAUACAUUAUUCUCAUUGUUUUUUUUUAGUCAUGUAUUCUUCUAUUCUAACAAACAAACAAGCUAGCUAUUAACUAUUGAACAUUGAAACAGUUGCCUUAACACCACAGAGCCACUGGUGUUUAUUAGUUUUGACAAUCUUCAUAUGUCAAUGACUGACAAAAAUACCGUCCAUUUUCAGUGUUCAACAUGGCAGUUUGUAUUGUAAUUAGGAAUCAAUGACACAAACUAGAGUGGCACAGUAGACAUGACAUGUUUGAAUAAUACACAUUGGAAAGUCACCCAGCUAUGUUCAUAACAGGUCCACCUAGUUGUUCCUCGAGCCGUGACACAGAGGCCAUCCUUUUCAUUAUCAGCUCCAGUUCUAUAAGAGAUGCAAGAUCAGUACAAUCAUAGAGAGAAUACGCCUCAGGUCUCCCCGACUCUACCUGUCACGCACUCCAAAGGCAGAGAUGUUGUUGUACAUUUCUCUCUCUACUUAUUGCCAAACACUGCAUUUUAUACCUCCACGGAUAUUAUAAUAGAGUAACUAUUGUAUGUACUAUACUAGUCUGCUUAACCCUGGAAAUGUUUACAGAUGAGACACCUUGGAGCAUUCACAUAUUAGCCAGAAAGUUUUAGAUCAAGCUGUUGAGAGAGUUGAUUUUAACACAACUUUUAAAUGAUACUCUAAUUGAAUUAGGUGAAGUUUGUUUCUGCGUACAUCCCGCUGAAGUUGACAGAGAGGUCAGUACAACAAAAGUCAAAAGAUGCCUAAUGCUGGACGUCUCAUGUGACGUAAACAACUUUGAUCAAAUCAGCACAUCACUUGUAUGUCACGUGUAGGAACAAGGCCAUAUUGGGGAGUUUUGAAAUCACUGACUAAUCAUUGUGCACACUGGAGGUAUUGAAAACUCAGUGGGUAUAUUGAGUAUACUGAGUAUAUACUUUGUUGGGUUAACAGCAUCAACAAAAACCACUGGUUGUUUAGUACAGAGCCGGAGUUAGACAAAAAACAGGAGCACCCAGUGCAGUGACUUAUCAUUUGUGUUGGGAUGGUAUUACUAGCCACCAUACAACCCCCCUAAAGCAGCAACCAAUAAACUAAAACAGCAGGUUAUUCUUUGAUGGAAACACCCAUUUCCAUGCAAGUGAUAUUAUUAAAAAGAAUGUUUUUUUUGUUUUUUUUAAUAUGCUGCAUGGAAUGUUCACAACCUAUAUACUUAUUAUAAGAAGUAUACAUGCAUACACUGUAAAUGGAUGGAUUGGUACAGUAUAUUUGGUGAUGCAACUGUAUGAAAAGAAUGCUUACCUUGGAAGUCUAUACUAAAUUUUGUAUAAUAGAAAAUGCAGAUUUUGAGUGAAACGUAAGCAUGUUCAGAGAAUAUACUGUAGGCCUAUAAACUCUUUGAACUCAGUGCCUCUGCAUGCAACAAUUAUAUCGUCACCUACAUGUGUGUAAACCAAAAUCUCUGAUAUUUCUGCUACAGAAACACGUAUUCUUUGCCUGUAGAAUUAGGACACAGUCCCACACACAGUGGCUGAACAUAUUCAGAUCAAUCAUAUCAAAGUACAACAUCAGAGUAUUAUGUAACAGGGCUAACUUCUCAUCAUCUUUUGGAAAUAAGCGAUCAUUAUUAUUAUUAUUUUUUGUUCCCCUCUUCAUACAAUUACCAACUUUACAGCGCAAAUGCAUUUUGCACUUUCCAGUCUUUGACACCUUAUUUGACUAUGAAGGAAUGUGUUACAAUACAGUCUUGUUGGGUUUAUUGGACCAAAGUCCUAUGAUACAGCAUAGUUACUUUGAGGAGGUCAAAGAGAAGGUCCCACAGUGGUCUUGCCAUACAAUAUUGUUAAUAAUUUGUACAGUUUCUCACUUGCUUUUGUUAAAGGAACCUAAACCAACUGUAGCUAUUUAUCUGUAACUGUAGCUUUUGUCUUUGCCUUUUGAGGAUAAAAAUGCUAAAUACCAGUUUUUGGCCCUCUGUAUCGGUCUAUUAUGUAUAGAUUAUACGUACUUACAACUCUGGUAUUGACCACCUCUCUUGUCAGGAACACAGAGAUCCAGGGACAUGUUUGAUCUACCACAGGCUAUUAAAAUAAUGCAAAAUAUCCAACUGUGUAACAUUAAGCUCUGCUCUGUUUAAAAGAGUAACACAUUAGGUAUUGUAAAUACUGUUGUUAAAGAUUGAUAUAGUAGAUUUCUUACAUUGCUCCAAGUUGCAUUACUGAUGUGACAUGAAUGUGCUUGAAGAUUUAAAAUGGACAGAGAAGGAUUUUCUUUUUGUGUUUGUGCGAUAGGGAUGGCAUUUUUCCACAGACAUGAAUUAAAGGUCUGUUUUAAUCUAGGAGUAGGCUUAAUAUGUGUCUGUAUCUAUGAAGUUGUCAUCUGUUGGGCAUAAUGAGUUCCGUUAAGUUUGCUCUUCUCAAUCAAGUAUAAAGACUCCUCAUUGUAGUGGUGCACUUUUGACUCCCCGGUUGCUUUUGAUGACCCUGCAGGUCAAAAUAAUUUUGUAAAACAAAAUGAAGCUUUCUUUUUUUAGUGGUGUGGCUGCUUUGACGUUUAUGAUGUAUGAUGUUAACUGAGAGGUGGCUGGCUUUUCCGGUUUCUUUUAAUGUAGUAAACAUGCUGUACUUUUGAUUUUGUGAUUUUGCUGUAUUUUUGGAAGGAAAAACAUUUAAAAAUUACUUUGUCAUUAUUUCUUUUGAUUGAAGGACCAAGCAUUUCACUCGAUCGGCCAGGCUGUCGUGCUGUCUUCUGAUAACUGGGCCCUGUCUCACAAACCAGAGUUUCAGAGCUGGCUUGAGCACGCCACUGAGUAACGGUGUGUUUCUGGCUUAUCCAACUUUCCUUGUUAAUUCUGCUUUGUGUAACAGGCCCUGGAAGUGCGGUAUUAUUGUAUUUCGUAUAUUUUUACUGCCCUUUGAGGUUUAUUUGGUUCUUUGUUGUAAUUAUUGUUUAACUUUUUUCUGAAAUAGACAAAUAAACUUUAUUAGCUAUUGCAA